GAUACAUUACAUGCUACGAAACGGCGUUGGUAUUCCCUUUUACCCGACGAGCAUCGCCGUUCCCAACUGAAAAAUAUUUGCGCAGCUUUUCCGAGUCCAAGAACAAGAUCUCCCCGUCCUCGUUUUUCUGAUAGGUCGCAAUAUGUCUCAGAAUGAAAGCUGAAUUGCACUUCAGUAUUCCUCCAGUUCUUGAAUUAGAAUGAGAUUGGCCAAUUCUUUUUCAAGGCGUGGACAAUACGUUGAUAGCAGGAAUUCGUCCGCAGCCAAACGUGCCAGAACUGAUGGUAGCCGAAGGGAAGAUGACUGGACUUGUCCUAGUUGUGGGAACGUCAAUUUUUCAUUUAGAACAACUUGCAAUAUGCGCAAUUGCACUCAGCCCCGUCCUGCUGAUCAUAAUUCUAAAUCUGCUGCCAAGCCUGUUCAAGCUCCACAGGGUUACUCCUAUUCUGCCCCUUACAUGGGAUCUGGUGCACCAUCUUCAAUAUAUCCUGGUGUACCACCUUAUGGUUCUUCCAUAUUCAAUGGUUCAUCUAUACCUCCCUAUGAUGUGCCAUUUUCCGGGGGAUCAGCAUAUCAUUACAACUACAGCAGCCGGUUUUCUGCAGGCAGCCCCUACAGACCUUUGCAUCUAUCUGGUCCCGCACCUUAUUCAAGUGGAUCUAUGAUGGGAAAUAGUGCAGUAUAUGGUAUGCCACCCAUGAUUGAUCGCUAUGGCAUGGCUUUGCCCAUGGGCCCUGCCACCAUGGGUCCGAGGCCAGGUUUUUUUCCAGAUGAUAUGGGUCAGAAGAAGAUUGCAGACACUACUCGUGACAAUGAUUGGGCAUGCCCGAAAUGUGGAAAUAUCAACUUCUCAUUUAGAACUGUCUGUAACAUGAGGAAGUGCAAUACACCAAAGCCUGGGUCACAGGGUUCCAAAAAUGACAAAAGUUCUAAACAAAAGACGCCAGAGGGUAGCUGGAAGUGUGAGAAAUGUAACAACAUAAACUAUCCAUUCCGAACCAAGUGCAAUAGACAAAAUUGUGGAGCCGACAAACCAGCGGAUUCCGAGAAAUCUCCAUCACCUGCACAGGAGGAAAAUGAUCAGUGAGUUCUAGAACAUGUUUGAGGGUUGAGAAGGUCCAGAGUUAUCUUCCAGCGUUGCUCAAUAUGGGUGUCUGAAAGUCAGUCUUGUCGUCCUCAUGUUGCAGCAGUUGUCAAGUCAGUCUACCUCUCUUGAUCCGUGUCAAGUUGUAUUAACUCAAUUUUAGUGCUGGUCAUUUCAAUGGUUUCAUGCACCAUAUCAUCGGCCGGCAUGAUCUGGCAAAAGAUUUAAAGGUUGGUUUAUGAUAUUCAGGGACAUUUUACUUUUGGAAUUGACUUAUUUAGUCUAGUGGGCCUGUUACUUGUGCACUAAAAUAUGUUAAUGAGUAGACUAGACUGUGCCCUUUUGGGUUGCGGUUUGAUCUUCUGAAUUGUCUGUGUGUUGUGUUGGGCGUGCAAAACUGAACCUUUUUCUAGGACAGGGUCCCAAAGUUCAGAGGAUGCGUUGGACUAGAUAGGGUUCUUUACUAUUUACUUUGGUGGGAUUGGACUGAAAGUAAGGUUUUUAGGUUCAGUCAAUUGCUUCAUAUCUGAUGAAAAAGCCGCAGAGGGCAUUCAUGGUUAUUGGUGGUGUGGUGUCACUGUCACUGUCACUGUCACAUCAUCAGUAUGUUGACAUGUUGCCUGCUUGCAUGGUCGUCAAUAGUAAGCCCUCCCAUUUGGUGUUUCACUAUAAUUAAGUUAGGGUGCAAAGGGGGGCCUUUUUUGUCAUCAUUUUUCAAUUUUAUUAUUCUCUUUUUUAUGUCAUUAUCGUUGUGCACU